CGUCAACAUGGCGUAGUGACGACGACUGCAGCCUGCCAGAGAGAGACAGGAGGCGAUACGACGAAGAGGGUACCAUUCUGCCGAGCGUCAAGAUAACUUGUCUUUUAUUUAUGCAUUCUUUCGCACCAUCGGGGGAAUAGGGUGCGAUUCGAAGAACAGGAGAGGAUCAUUUACCCUUUCUUUUUAAUAUUCCUUAAUAUCCCCCCUUGUCCACCGGCCUCUCCGUUGUCUAUUUGAUGCAGCAGAAGGACUGACUGUUGAGAGCAGGUGUGUGUUAGAAGGAGACCCCAGCGGCCGCUCCUCUCUCCGUCCUCUCCAGUGUCCAAAGAGGAAAUGUCGAGUGAGAAGCCGGCUUCUGCACCUCCGCUGUCGGAUCCAGACCGAGCCGCUCACCCCCCGGGCCCCGGCCAGCCCCAGGUCGUUACGGGCGCUGGCUCUGCUCCCAUCGGGGACAGGAUGGUCUCUGGAUCCGGCUCCAUGGUGCUCCCGGCCGUGCCGAUCAGGAAUAUCCAAAUGAAAUUCGCCGUACUGAUCGGCCUCAUUCAGGUUGGCGAGGUUAGCAACCGGGACAUCGUCGAAACGGUUCUCAACCUGCUGGUGGGAGGUGAGUUUGACCUGGAGAUGAACUUCAUCAUUCAGGACAGUGAGAGUAUCGGUUGUAUGGUCGACCUACUGUCUCACUGCGAAGUCACCUGCCAAGCUGAGGUGUGGUCCAUGUUCACAGCCAUCCUGAGGAAGAGUGUGAGGAACCUUCAGACCAGCACAGAGGUGGGCCUCAUACAACAGGUCCUGUCCAAGAUGAGCUCUGUGGACGACAUGAUCGCAGAUCUGCUAGUGGAUAUGCUGGGGGUGAUGGCCAGCUACAGUAUCACAGUGAAGGAGCUGAAGCUUCUAUUCAGUAUGCUGAGGGGAGACAACAGUGUCUGGCCUAGACAUUCUAUCAAGUUGUUGUCUGUGUUGAACCAGAUGCCUCAGAGACACGGUCCAGACACCUUCUUCAACUUCCCUGGUCGCAGCGCAGCAGCCAUAGCGUUGCCGCCCAUCGCUAAGUGGCCUUACCAGAACGGUUUCACUCUCAACACCUGGUUCAGACAAGAUCCCCUCAACAACAUCAACGUAGACAAGGACAAACCAUACCUCUACUGUUUCCGGACAAGUAAAGGUAUUGGUUACUCGGCUCACUUUGUGGGGAACUGUCUGAUCGUGACAUCACUCAAGUCCAAGGGGAAAGGCUUCCAACAUUGUGUGAAGUACGACUUUCAACCCCGCAAGUGGUACAUGAUCAGCAUCGUCCACAUCUAUAAUCGUUGGAGGAACAGUGAGAUCCGUUGCUAUGUCAACGGUCAGCUGGUCUCCUACGGCGACAUGGCCUGGCACGUCAACACCAAUGACAGUUAUGAUAAGUGUUUUCUAGGUUCGUCGGAGACGGCGGAUGCUAACAGGGUGUUCUGUGGUCAGCUGGGGGCCAUCUACGUGUUCAGUGAGGCUCUCAACCCCGCUCAGAUCUUCGCCAUACAUCAACUGGGUCCGGGUUACAAGGUAAAACGCACACACACACACACACACACACACACACACACACACACACACACACACACACACACACACACACACACACACACACACACACACACACACACACACACACACACACACACACACACACACACACACACACACACACACACACACACACACACACACACACACACACACCUUUGUGUUGUUUCAGAAACACCAAUGUCCUUUUCCCUGUCAGUUUGGCACCUGCCUAGGCCAAGAAUCUGGAAUUAUAGAAUUGUGCGUUGUCUGUGUGUGUGUGUGUGUGUGUGUGUGUGUGUGUGUGUCUGUCUGUCUGUCUGUCUGUCUGUCUGUCUGUCUGUCUGUCUGUCUGUCUGUCUGUCUGUCUGUCUGUCUGUCUGUCUGUCUGUCUGUCUGUCUGUCUGUCUGUCUGUCUGUCUGUCUGUCUGUGUGUCUGUCUGUGUGUCUGUCUGUGUGUGUGUGUAUAUGUAUUUGUAUAAACCUGCGUGUGUGUGUUGUUGCAGUGCCACCCUGCUAGUGUUCCUGGUUGAGCUGCUGAAGAGCUCCGUAGCCAUGCAGGAACAGAUGUUGGGGGGGAAAGGAUUCCUGGUGAUCGGGUACCUGCUGGAGAAGUCGUCCAGGGUCCACAUCACCAGAGCGGUGUUGGAACAGUUCCUGUCCUUUGCUAAGUACCUGGACGGGUUAACCCACGGAGCGCCACUACUCAAACAGCUGUGUGACCACGUCCUCUUCAACGCUGCCAUCUGGAUACACACACCCGCCAAAGUUCAGCUGUCCUUGUACACCUACCUGUCUGCGGAGUUCAUUGGCACGGCGACCAUCUACAGCACCAUCCGUCGCGUCGGCACCGUGCUGCAGCUGAUGCACACGCUGAAGUACUACUACUGGGCCAUCAACCCACUGGAGAGCAGCGGCAUCACGCCGAAAGGACUGGAUGGACCGAGGCCGUCCCAGAAGGAGAUCAUCUCUCUCAGAGCCUUCAUGCUGCUGUUCCUCAAACAACUCAUACUCAAGGAUCGGGGCGUGAAGGAGGACGAGCUACAAAGCAUCCUGAACUACCUGCUCACCAUGCAUGAGGAUGACAAUAUCCAUGAUGUUCUUCAGUUGUUGGUGGCUCUGAUGUCAGAACACCCAGCCUCCAUGAUCCCAGCUUUCGACCAGAGAAACGGCAUACGGGUGAUCUGUAAACUCCUAGCCUCUAACAGUGAGAACAUCAGAGUCCAGGCUCUCAAAGUCCUGGGAUACUUCCUCAAACACCUCGGACACAAGAGGAAGGUGGAGAUCAUGCACACACACAGCCUGUUCACCCUGCUGGGAGAGAGGCUGAUGAUCCACACCAACACAGUCAGCGUCACCACCUACAACACACUCUAUGAGAUUCUGACAGAACAGGUGUGUACCCAGGUAGUCCACAAGCCUCACCCAGAACCUGACUCCACCGUCAAGAUACAGAACCCCAUGAUACUGAAGGUGGUAGCGACCUUGUUGAAGAGCUCUAGUCCCAGUCCUGAACUGAUGGAGGUCAAGACACUGUUCCUGUCUGACAUGAUCACACUGUUCAGCAGCAGCCGAGAGAACAGACGGUGUCUGUUACAGUGUUCAGUGUGGCAGGACUGGAUGUUCAGUCUGGGCUACAUCAACCCUAAGAGCCCAGAGGAGCAGAAGAUAGCAGAGAUGGUCUAUAACGUCUUCAGGAUCCUGCUCUACCACGCCAUCAAGUAUGAGUGGGGAGGAUGGAGGGUCUGGGUGGAUACGUUGUCCAUCGCUCACUCCAAGGUAACCUACGAGGCCCAUAAGGAGUACCUGGCUAAGAUGUACGAGGAGUACCAGCGACAGGAGGAGGAGAACAUCAAGAAGGGGAAGAAAGGUUCUGUCUCCACCAUCUCCGGCCUCUCGGCCACGCCCGCCCCCGUCGUCAACGGCAACCUGGAGAUCCGCGAGCUGGAUGACCACUCCCAGAGCCAGACCCCCGAGAGUGAGGCCGAGUACGGAGAGGGAGGAGCAGCUGGAGCAGGAGGGGGCUCCAGGAAUCUGCUUGCUGAGGGAGGGGUCGGGUUAGGGUUGGGAGUGAAGGGACCCAACAGAGAGGCUUUGACACCUGGGGAGGAAGGUCAAGGGUCAGGCGUUAGGGUCGAAGUUCAUGACCUCCUGGUGGAUAUCAAGGCGGAGAAGGUGGAGGCCACAGAGGUCAAACUAGACGACCUGGAUCUGUCUCCAGAAGGGAUGGUAGGAGGAGGAGGAGUGAUGGAGGGACUGGUUGGAAGAGGAGUGAUGGAGGGACUGGGAGGAGGGAUAGGAGGGAUAGGAGGAGGGAGGAUGGAGGGAUUGGGAGGAGGAGGGAUAGGAGGAGGGAGGAUGGAGGGACUGGGAGGAGGAGGGAUAGGAGGAGGGAGGAUAGAGAACGGGCCCCUGGUGGAGGUGGACUCCCUGCUGGACAGCGCCUACAGUGCCGUGGUGCAGAAGCUGAAAGGGAACCACGGUAACCUGGCAUCUAAAGAUGAGACGGUGGUCACGGGGCUGGGGCUUGGCACCAUGGAGGAUGAUGGGAACAUGGGUCCGCUCAUCACCCUUGCCGACGAGAAAGACAGCGUCCCUAGCAACAACGGAUUCCUCUUCAGCAAGGUUGAUGAGAAGCUGCUUCCAGCACUGGCCACCACAGACCCUCUGGUUCUGCCCAGCCCGGACCAGCCCAACCCCUUAGGCUCUGUCCCCGUCCACUCCUCCACCAGCGCCAGCGAUGACCUGAGUCUCCUAGCCCACAUGACCUCCUGCAGGGGCUCAGACCUGAGCCAAGCCCAGGGAGGGCUCCCCGAGGUCGGGCCCUUCAAGAUCCAGAGCCCCCUGGCUGACAUCAGCUCCAUUGCCCAGAGAGAGAGUCAGGCAGCUGAGGGCCACCCAGGGGGAGAGGGUCCGUCUGGGGCAGAUGGAGAGGCGGUGGGGGGUAAGGCUGGAGGUGACACGGUGAGCACCACGUCUGAUACAGAAAGGUCUGAUGAUGGGAAGGAGAUGAAGAUCCAGACCACGGCCACUACUCAGGCUCUCCACGGUCGCACGGCGGCCCAGUUGGAACGUGACCUGCGUGUGGACCUGGGCUUCAGAGGGAUGCCCAUGACAGAGGAGCAGCGGCGCCAGUUCAGCCCCGGGCCUCGCACCACCAUGUUCCGUAUCCCAGAGUUCAAGUGGUCGCCCAUGCACCAGCGCCUCCUCACUGACCUGCUGUUCGCCCUGGAGACUGACGUGCACGUGUGGAGGAGCCAUUCAACCAAGUCAGUAAUGGACUUUGUGAACAGCAAUGAGAACAUCAUCUUUGUCCACAACACUAUACACCUCAUCUCUCAGAUGGUGGACAACAUCAUCAUCGCCUGUGGAGGGAUCCUCCCUCUGCUCUCUGCAGCCACCUCCCCCUCUAGUUCUAAGGUUAGUACGAACACUAAGGCGGGAGGAGAAGGAGGAGCCGACUCCCACAAAGGGUCAAAAGGCGAGGAGGUGACCCCUGUUCCGGGGGGCGGAGGGACAGGGGGAGAGGUUGAGUUAGAGAACAUGGAGUUGACCCAGGGCAUGUCUUCAGAGACGGCUGUGUCCUUCCUGUCUCGGCUCAUGGCCAUGGUUGACGUUCUGGUGUUCGCCAGCUCUCUCAACUUCUCUGAGAUAGAGGCUGAGAAGAACAUGUCCUCUGGAGGUCUGAUGAGACAGUGUCUACGACUGGUAUGCUGUGUAGCCGUGAGGAACUGUCUAGAGUGUAGACAGAGACAGAGAGAUAGAGAUAUAGGUUGUCUCUCCAAGUCUAACCUGCCCAGCAGCAAGUCACAGGACAGCCUACAGAGCUCCGCUGCAGCUAGCAAGGAUCCAGACAGACUUCUACAGGACGUUGACAUCAACCGCCUCAGAGCUGUCGUCUUCAGAGACGUGGAUGACAGUAAGCAGGCUCAGUUCCUUGCCCUGGCGGUGGUCUACUUCAUAUCUGUCCUGAUGGUGUCAAAGUACCGGGACAUCCUGGAACCACAGAGAGAGAUUGGCAGGUCAAGCAGCCUAUCAGGGAGGAGCAUCCGCCACGAGAUCAACUCCCCCACUAGUACAGGUAUAGAAACCCUGAGUUACCCUGUUUUCUGUCCCUCUGGUGUCGUCACACAACACAAUUUGAAAUUAUUUCAAGAUUCGAAUAGUAUCAUCAUUUUUUUUUGUCGGCUAUCUGGAUAUUCCGUAGGUUUUUAACCUGAGCAGUGCUGC